AGUUAUUUACAAUUUUUAGAAGAAAAAUGUUUUUUGUUAAGGUGUUAAAGUGCUACUAUUAAAUCGAAAGAUCACCGACUUCAAAUCUAGUGCGAGGGCUUGUAUACAUUUUCUUUUUUUCUUUCUUUUUCUUUUAUUUUUUUAAAUAGAAUGUCGAUAUAGAGCAAACGACUUGCCCUAAACUCAAAAUUAAAAUAAUAAAAAAAUAAAAAAAUAAAUAAUAAUAAUUACAAUCUAUACAUAUUGUGGUUAAUAUUUUUAAUUACUGAAUAAAUAUGGAGAACAGUACAACGCGCAGGUAGAUGAAAAAAAGUACAUCAGAUUCGAACCUAGCUACUGCUGAAAUGAGUCAAGGUGGUGACUUGCAACUACUAAACUUAACAUUGGACUCAACAAUGCUAAGUCUUCACAGUGCCACGCAGUUUGAAGAGUUACCUUAUGUGAGGCAAUUAAAACAAUAAUUGCAAGAAUUAAAUGAAAAAUUAGAAAUAGAUGGUUCAGAAAUAGAUAAUCUAAACUAUGAGAACAAUAUUUUAAAGGAAACCAUAAACAACCAGGAAAAAAAAAUAUUUUUCCUGAAGUCUGUUUCUAGUAAACCUACACAUCAUUACAAGCGCAAUUCGACACCUGUUCAACAAAAAAUCACAAAUAUCCGCUUACAGUUAUCUAGGUUCUCACCUUUACACCGAGCUAAAACUAUAUGCUCUCCAUAUAAAAAUCUACCAUCAAAAAUUAUACAUAAUAGCAGUCUCCCAGAAAUUCACACAUACAAAAAUGGCUACGUUGAAAAUCUAUUACUAACAAAUAAUCACAAAAUGGCAAGCAACAUCGACUGUAAGAAUGAAUCAAACAUGAAAGAAAAUAAAUCUGUAAAUGUUAUCGUAAAAUACCUAGAAAAGACAAACGAUAAAGUUUAUAAGCGGUCAACAAAGAAAAAAGUGAUAAUUUUAGCUGAUCAAAGGGGACGUGGCUUAAGAAAUGAAGUACAACGACUUCUGGGGGACAAAUUUGAAGUAGAAUGUUUCCUGAAACCACGAGCUGCAUUAGGGAAUAUACUGGACUCUAUACGAUCUUCUAUAGGCAAUUUGACUAUGCAUGACUUUGUGAUAGUAUUAUGUGGUAUUAAUGACAAGAAUCCUGAUAUAUUUCAAAUAAACUUGCAUUUGUGGUUCUGUUCGGUAACGAAUACAAAUAUUGUUAUGUGUGGUAUUCCAAACAAUACUUACUUGGACGAAAUGAAAUUAAACUACGUGCUUAAAUUCAUAUGUACAAAAUACGAAAAUGUUACUUUUUUGGAUGUAUCUCAUAAUGUUUUCAGUGUUAAUAUAAAAUCAAAAAUAAUACUAGCACGACUGAUUCUAAAAGAAAUACUACAUUUAGAGUAUAAGUAGGAAUUUGUAAAUUAUCAGAAAUAUAAAGACAUAAAGUUAUAUUCAGAUA